CCGGGCGCCGCCAUUUCCUUCCGGGCCGGGCCCGCCCCUCUGCCCGGGGCUGCGGCUGCGGCGGCCGCUAUGGAAAAGGCGGCGCCGGCGCCGCUCUUCUCCUUCGGCGUUAUCGCAGACAUCCAGUACGCCGACGCGGAGGACGGCUACGACUUCUGGGGGAGCCGGCGGCGCUACUACCGGCACAGCCUCUGCCUGCUGCAGGCCGCCGUGGAGGCGUGGGCUGCCGAGCAGCCGCCGCCCGCCUUCGUGCUGCAGUUAGGUGACACCAUCGACGGCAUCAACGCGCGGCGCGGCGCGGCGGAGAGCGCGCUGGAGCGGGUGCUGGCGGUGCUGCGGCGGCUCCCGGCGCCCGCCCACCACGCCUGGGGCAACCACGAGCUGUACAACUUCAGCCGCGACCGCCUGGCCCGCAGCGGCCUCAACAGCCGGCCCGCGGCGGCCGCCGGCCCCGCCGGGGACUGCCAGGCCUACCACUUCAGCCCGGCGCCGCGCUUCCGCUUCGUGGUGCUCGACGCCUACGACCUGAGCGUCCUGGGCAGGGAUGCAGCUGCGCCCCGGUACCAGGAGGCCCUCCGGCUGCUGAAGGAGAAGAACCCCAAUGAGAACCUCAACAGCCCUGCAGGACUCAAAGAACCACGCUUCGUGGAGUUUAACGGGGGAUUUAGCCAAGCCCAGCUGGACUGGUUCAACGAAAUCCUUAAGUGCUCUGAUGAAAACCAAGAAAAAGUUGUAGUUAUGGGUCAUCUGCCCAUUCAUCCAGAUUCUUCAGACAGAGUUUGCCUAGCCUGGAAUUAUGAAGAUGCCCUUUCUGUCAUACAUGCUCAUCGGUGUGUGGUGUGCUUCCUUGCAGGGCACCUGCACGACGGAGGCUAUUGUUUAGACUCUCAUGGAGUUCAUCAUCUGACUUUGGAGGGGGUUAUUGAAACUCCACCAGAAAGCAAUGCCUUUGGAACUGUUUAUGUUUAUGAUGAUAAAAUGAUAUUAAAAGGAAGGGGCAGAAUUUCAGACAGAGUGAUGUAUUACUGACGAGGGUAAGCAGAUGAAUGCAAAUAUGCUCUUCUUUAGGAAUUACCCACACCUAAAACAUAAUAGCAUCUACUGCAGCAAUAGGAUUGAGCAUAUCUUUGGUUAUAGAGAGAUCUGCUUAAGAUGAUCCUUAUACGUUUUUCCUCAAACCUUUUUCUUGCGGAUACAAAAUUUUGUAAGUUAUGUUCUUGUAAGAAACCAAAUCUAGUGUCUUCUUGCAGAAGAGAGGUGGUCAGUAACUGUGAAAUAAAUGUACUUGAUUGUGAAGUUUGGACUCAAAACACCCAA